UGACCGGGGAAACCCCGCGCUGCUCCCGCUCACCAAUCACAGCGUGCGAUCGCUUCCAGAUUUGCAUGUCCACGCCCUUUGAUUUAGCCCUGCCCAGCGCCGACUGCAGCUGCGUCCGGGCGCUGUUUGCUCCCAGUUCCCUCCCAGUGCUCUAAGGAAGAGCCACGCUGGGAGGGAAAGCGGUCCCGAUUCCUUCCCGCUGCUGUCAGGAUCGCUUCCAGUGCUCUCAGUAAGAGCGAUACUGGGAGGGGAAGCUUUCCCAAUUUCUUCCCGCUGCUCCCAGGAUCGCUCCCGGUGCUCCCAGCAUUGCUGUCGGUGCCGAGCGCGGCGGGGCAGCUUUUGAAGCCCCCCAGGGCAGAGCGCGGCUGCUUUUGGGUGUCGGCACCGCCCGGGCUGGGCUAGGAGCGGAGGAGAAGCGGGAGGAAGAGGAGGGACAGAGGAGGAGCACGAACAGGAGGAACGGGAGGAAGAGCUGCACCAGGUCCACGCGGUUUCCCCACCCACCCGCUCAGAUAGCAGCUCUCUUGGCUCCGGCAGAAUUGCCCCCCUGGAGCUUGAAGGCGAGUGGGGACGGGGAGCUGGCCCCAAAUCCAUCGGGGCCGUCUCCGGGAGGGUUUUUUUGCAGGGCAGGGGAUGUUUGGAUCUUGAAGGACCCCAGAGCCGAGCCGCAAAUGGCCCUGGAGGGAUUUUGGGCGGUCCCACGUGGCGAUCUCCCUGUACCCACGGGCAGAGGGGCGAUAUCGAGUUUGGGGAUCCCCGGGAGAGCCGUGGGGGAACGCGGGAGACUCGGAGCCAGGAGAGCGCAGAGGAGCGAUCCCGGGGCGGGGGAACCCCCGGCAGCGUGGACAUGAGCAGGGGCCAGGCCCCCCGAGGCUGAAAGGGGCGCUGACUUCUGCAGUCUGCACUUGGGCAGCGGGAUCAUCAAACCCAACGCUCUCAGCCCUUGUUUUCCCCCCAAACCAGGAUUUCCCAUUCCCAAACCUUGGCCCGAUGGAGGAGAAGGUGACCACAAGGAAGAGGAAGAUGGCCCUGGAGCCCCAGGCAGACAAAGAGCUUAAAAUGGAGCCUAGGGUAGAGAAAUCCCCACAGCAGAACCUCGUGGAAGAGGCCGUUUUGAGUGGCUCCACAGUGCAGGAACCCAACAGAGAGGAAAAGCCCUGGAGAUUCCGCACAAGGAGGGGCUGCAAACGCAGCUCACGGGGAUCUGAGAACGAAAGACUCACCCUGGGACAGGGAGGCAGCCAGAGCUCGGAGCUGGGGGUCCCUGAGCAGCUUCAGGAUGGGGAGAAGCCCCACAAGUGCUUGAAAUGUGAGAAGAGCUUCAGCCGGAGAUCCUCCUUGAUCUGCCACAGGAGAAUCCAUACGGGGGAAUGGCCCUAUGAGUGUGGGGAGUGUGGGAAGAGCUUCAGCCAGAGCUCCAACCUGAUCAAACACCAGAGGAGACACACUGGGGAGAGGCUCUACAAUUGUGAUAAAUGCAGGAAGAGGUUCCAGAGUAACCGCCAUCUUCUCCUGCAUAAGCGGAUUCACACGGAUGAGAGGCCAUUCUGCUGUCCCGACUGUGGGAUGGGCUUCAAGUACAACUCCACCUUAAACACCCACCGGCGCAUCCACACCGGGGAGAGACCCUACGAGUGUGAUAAAUGCAGGAAGAGAUUUCAGACCAGUUCCCAUCUCCUCCUGCACCAGCGGAUUCACACAGAUGAGAGGCCCUUCCGCUGCCCUGACUGCGGGAUGGGCUUCAACCGCAACUACAACCUUGUCUGCCACCGGCGCAUCCACACUGGGGAGAGGCCCUACAAGUGUUCUGAGUGUGGGAAGAGCUUCAGCCACAGCUGCAACCUGACUGUCCACCAGAGGAGCCACAAGGGGGAACAGCCCUACAAGUGUGGAGAGUGUGGGAAGAGCUUCAGCCAGAGCUCCAACCUAACUGUCCACCAGAGGACCCACACAGGGGAACGGCCCUAUGAGUGUGGGGAAUGUUGGAAGAGGUUCAGUCGGACGUCCGAACUGACUAUCCACAGGAGGAGCCACACCGGGGAGAGGCCCUAUGAGUGUGAUAAAUGCAGGAAGACGUUUCAGAGCAGCUCCCAUCUCCUCCUGCACCAGCGGAUUCACACAGAUGAUAGGCCCUUCCACUGCCGCAACUGUGGGAAGGACUUCAAGCAAAACUCCCACCUCAUCAUGCACCAGCGCAUACACACUGGGCAGAGGCCCUAUAAGUGUUCUGAGUGUGGUAAGAGUUUCUCCAGGGGCUCUCACUUGACCAGACACCAACGGAGCCACCACAUUCACAUGGAUGAGAGGCCCUUCCGCUGCCCCAACUGCGGAAUGGGCUUCAAGCACAACUGCACUCUUGUUACCCACCGGUGCAUCCACACCGGGGUGAGGCCCUACGAGUGUCCAGAGUGGUUUCCCUAUGUCCUGCAGGUUGUCACCGUGUCCCUCAGGAUGUUUCUGUGGCUGCUUCUGGUGCCGAGUAUCUGCGCCCAUCCUGGCACAGUUCCGGUACCGCCCUUCUCCGCUCUCCCAACCCGCCGGUACCGGGCCAUCGCCACGUGGCUCCGGGCUGACAAUGCAGUGCCUGACCCGGGCAGCCCAACCCCACCGCGGCAGGGUCCCACGCAUCCCCGGCCCAGCGCCGGGGCUCUGCCGGCAGCCAACACCGGCACCCCCCAAAAUUCUGCCGUCUCGGAGCCACAGAGCGGGCGCCCGGCCCUUGGCCCCGAGCACAGAGCUCUGCCCGGGGGCUCCUGGGGAAAGGCGGCGGCGCUCGGCAGCGGCCCCAACCCGCCCAGCGCGCGGCAAUUCCCCCGCUUCGGGACAAAUUCCUGCCCCAAAGGAGGCGCUUGCAACGCCCGCCCGCGCCUCCUCCCUGCCCCGCAGAUCUCGGCAGCUGCCCCGCUGUCCCAGAUGCGGCUUUGCAUCCCGGGCUCACGGGGCACCGACCGCCCGGCGCCGCAGGGCCCCGAGCCCCUGCUCUGCAAAGGGCCAGUGUCCAUUGCCGGCCCCUUGCCGGGGGCUCCGGCCAUUGCCCACCGGAUCCUGCCCGCUGCUCCCAGGAUCGCUCCCGGUGCUCCCAAGAUCGUUCCUAGCGUCGCGCGGGGCGGGCUCGCUUUGGAACCCCAGCAAGGCAGACCGCGGCUGCUUUUGGGUGUCGGCACCGCCCGGGCCGGGCUGGGAGCGGAGGAGGUAAAGGAGGGUCAGAGGACGAGGAGAAGGAAAGGCAGGAGCGGAACAAACAGGAGGAACAGGAAGAGGAGGGACAGAGGAGGAGGAAGAAGAGGAGGAGCGGGAGGAAGAGGAGGACCAGCAGCAGCACGCGGCCCUGCCCGCCCGCUCAGGCCGCAGCUCCUCCGGCUCCGGCAGCAUCACCCCCCCUGGAACCCGCAGGAUUUCCCAUUCCAAAACCUUGGCCUGAUGGAGGAGGAGGGGGCUGCGAGGAAGAGGAAGAUGGCUCAUGAGCCUCAGGCAGACAAGGAGCUGAGAACGGGGACCAGGGAGGACAAAUCCCUCUGGCAGAACCUCAUGGAAGAGGCCGUUUUGAGUGGCUCUAUGGCACAGGAAUCCAAUGCAGAGAAGAAGCCCCGGAGAUCCCGCACGAGGAAGGGCUGCAAACUUAGAUCACAGGGAUCCAAGGAGGAAAGAUCCACCCUGGGCCAAGGAGGUGGCUGCAGCUCAGAGCUCAAAGUCCCUGAGCAGCUUCACGAUGAGGAGAAGCCCCACAAAGGCUCGAAAUGUCAGAAAAGCUUCAGCCAGAGAUCGUCCCUGAUCUGCCACAGGAGAAUCCACACAGGGAAACGGACCUAUGAGUGUGAGGAGUGUGGGAAGAGCUUGAGCUCGAGCUCCACCCUCAUCCGCCACCAGAGGAUCCACACCGGUGAGAGGCCCUAUGACUGUGGGGAGUGUGGGAAGAGCUUCAGACAGAGCUCCACCCUGAUCCGCCACCAGAGGUCCCACACCGGGGAGAGGCCCUACGAGUGUGACCAAUGCAGGAAGAGGUUUCAGACCAACUCUGGUCUUCUUGUGCACCAGCGGAUUCACACAGAUGAGAGGCCCUUCCGCUGCCCUGACUGCGGGAUGGGCUUCAGGGAAAACUCUGCUCUCAUCAACCACUGGCGCAUCCACACUGGGGAGAGGCCCUAUGAGUGUCCUCAGUGUGGGAAGUGCUUCAGCCGGAGCUCCCAUCUGAUUCGUCACCAGAGGAGGCACACUGGGGAGAGGCCCUACAAGUGUGAGGAGUGUGGGAUGAGCUUCAGCCAGAGGCCCCACCUGACUGUCCACCAGAUGAUCCACACCGGGGAGAGGCCCUACGAGUGUGACCAAUGCAGGAAGAGGUUUCAGACCAGCUCCGGUCUUCUCGUGCACCAGCGAAUUCACACAGAUGAGAGGCCCUUCCGCUGCCCCGACUGCGGGAAAGGCUUCAAGUACAACUCCGCCCUCAUCACCCACCGGCGCAUCCACACCGGGGAGAGGCCCUACAAGUGUCCUGAGUGUGGGAAGAGCUUCAUGUGGAGCUCCACACUGACUUUCCACCAGAUGAGCCAUAAUGGGGAAAGGCCCUAUGGGUGUGAUAAAUGCAGGAAGACGUUUCACACCAACUCCAAUCUCCUCAAGCACUUGAGGAUUCACACGGGUGAGAGGCCCUUCCGCUGCCCUGACUGCGGGAUGGGCUUCAGGGAGAACUCCCACCUUGUCACCCACCGGCGCAUCCACACCGGGGAGAGACCCUACAAAUGUCCUGAGUGUGAGAAGAGCUUCUCACAGAGAUCUAACCUGACCCAGCACCAACAGAGCCACCACUGAGGGAAGCCCUGCGAGUGCCCCAAGAGCGGGAAGAGCUUUGUGCCCUGCUCCAGCUCCAUCCCUCCAUGGGAAGAUCCACGCUGGAACACCCUCGGUGACCCCUGGUGGGCAGAGCCCUGGUGAUCUGUGGUGCCGGUGAUCUGUGUUGGGAAGACACCUGGCUGGGGGCUUCACAUCCUCCUGGCUCCCUGUGGCCUGGAUUUUGUUUUUAUUUCUCUUUGUCCUUUCAAAACAUCCAAACCCAGUGUACAAAUAAAGAUUUUGAACAAAGAA